AUGCUCACCGAGGUGCCAUACAAGGUGCCAGAAAGGAAAGAGAAGAAGAAGAAGAGCGAGGGAAGGGUGGCCAAGGAAGGCCUCUGCUCAAGAGCUCAUCUGGACACCAAGUUCGAAGAGUCCCAAGCUCCCUCGGUCCUAGAGGGGGAGCAGGAAGAGGACGAGGAGGAGCGCAACUCCUCCCGUACAAGGAAGAGGGCGGCGUUAGAAGGCGCCGAGGAGGAUCAACCUCCUCGUCCCCCAAAGAAACAAUGCAUGCCCAAGUUGGUCCUUCUUGAUGACAGCUCGGAUUCUGACAAGGAGUCCACGACGUCCAAGGAGGUUCCGAAGAGGAACCCCAGGAUCAACCCCCCCGCCGAGAGCCCACCAUGCGCCCAGCCCACUGAUCAAACCUUAGAGGGGACUUCUCCGACAGCUGAACUGGCGGAAAGUGGGUCCACAUCACGUUCUGCGCCUCCUCCGAUCAUCGGGGAGACCGGAGAGGUACUGUCCCGAAGGACCCCAUCCGACCUGGACAUGGGAGGUAGUGGUGAUGAGAUCAUGGCCGAGGCUAAUGCCUCGGUCACCAAAGACCAAGAGGAAGGAUCCCUCCUGGUGAACAAAGAGGGAGAGCUCAGUCAAUCCGUGCCCCCCCGAAAGACGGCUUCAGAGCCCCCAAGGCCCCCGAAGGCAUCAAUUCCACACUCCACCGAAGGAGGGGUCGGGGUCCCGCCGCCCGCGCCGAACACCGGCGAUCGAGUUGCGGCUAGGUGCCCGGAUGUGAUGGAGGAGGCCUUGAACAGCUCCUCCAUCGUUGCGGAGCACCGCGCCCUAAUGGGCAUGGUGUUGCAAAGUAAUCGGUCCGUUAACAGCGGGCUGAAGGAAGCCUUCGGUGGCCUCCUCACGGGCAUCGAGGCCUCGUCUCUAGCGGCGGCUGGUAAUGCCGCGAUGCUGGAUGAGAUGAAUCAGAAGCUCAAAAGCUUCGAUGAGGAGCUCGACCUCGUCAGCAAGUGGUUUGACGAAGCACAAGCUGUCGCCGCGGAGGUCGAGGGCCUCAAGGCCGAACUGAAGAAGGCCAAGGAGGAGGUGGCCAAACUAAAGAAGGCCAAGGAGGAGGCAGACGAACAGAAGGCGGCGGCCGAGCGAGCGGCUGCCAAACUCAAGACAAUGAAACCGUGA